UAUAUAUUCCACAGGAAAAAACCCACCUCCCUCACUAAUAGAACAAAAGAAACAAUGAGUUCAUCAGCACACACUAAUGUUUGUGCUAUUUGCUCGAAGAGGUUUGCUACAGGGCAAGGCCAAGCCAUCUUUACUGCUGAGUGCUGCCACUCCUUCCAUUUCGGCUGUGUUAGCAAGAGUGUCUCGAAUGGCAAUUACGCUUGCCCUGUUUGCCAUGCCAAAUGGAAUAAUCUCCCAUUCAGUAUGCCUACUUUUGUUGCUAAUGUUCCUCCGCCAAAAUCCUCAAAUCCCGUAUCUUUUGGAUUUCAAAUCCCGCCACCCUCAGCUUUUGGAUUCCAUAUCCAGCCACAACCUGCAUUUGGACGACCAUUCGAUCCAUGGGCCGAACUUGGUCCCGAGUCCCUUGUUUUCUCAGAUGAUGAACCCUUGCUCACAAUCACUGCUAAUUCUAAUUCUUCGGAUUCACGUGAUGGGCUACAAAGUGUCAAAAUCAAGUCCAUUCCUGAGCGUCCUGCCAUUGCUGCUUCAGAAUCCCUCUCUCAAUUUGCAGUUCUUGUUGGAGUACGGGCACCACCUCUAUCAGAUAAUGCAUGUCUCUUAGAUCGUGCACCUAUUGACCUUGUUGCUGUACUAGACAUUAGUGGCAGCAUGAAUGGCUCAAAGUUAAAUUUGGUGAAGCGUGCUGUUCAUUUUGUCGUAGAUAACUUGGGCCCUUCUGACAGACUUUCUAUAGUUUGUUUCUCAUCUGAUGCUCGUAGAUUAUUUCCCUUGCGCAGAAUGACUGACAACGGCCGAGAAGAUGCGAAAAGGGCCGUUGAUUCAGUUGUAGCAAAUGGUUCGACUAAUAUUGUCGAAGGACUAAAGAAGGGGGUCCGUGUUCUUGAAGAAAGGCGUCAACAAAAUCCAGUUGCAAGCAUCAUAUUCUUAUCUGAUGGACAGGACACUUGCUCCAGUGGCUUAUUUUUUCAAACUUCCUCACAGCCUCCACAAUAUCUACAUCUUUUGCCUGGUUCCAUCUGUCCCAGAAACAGAGGAACCCAAGAUCAAGUCCAGCAGCAAACAUUUCCUGUCCAUGCAUUCGGUUUCGGUUCAGACCACGACCCUGUCGCAAUGCAUGCCAUUUCUGAUGAAUCGGGCGGCACCUUUUCCUUCAUUGAGUCCUAUGAAAUGAUACAAGAUGCUUUUGCAAGCUGUAUCGGUGGUCUACUAAGUGUGGUGAACCAGAGGCUUCAAAUAAUUAUGAGAUCGGCGUCAAAUGGUGUAGAAAUCAAAUCAAUUUCUUCUGGAAGAUAUGCAAGCAAAAUCUCCGAUCAAGGUUGUCGAGGCAUAAUUAAUGUCGGGGACCUCUACGCGGAUGAGGAAAAAGAAUUUCUGAUCAACUUGUCGGUCCCUGUACUUCGAGGUGCUGAAGAUGAAGAAGGUCAGGGAAAGACAUCGCUUUUGGAUAUAGUGUGUUCUUAUAGAGAUAUUGUAUCAAAAGAGAUUGUCCGAGUAGAAGUUGACCUAGUUGAAAUACGUCGACCAAAAGUUGUCUCUCCCCAAGAUAAGGUAGUUCACCUGGAGGUUGAUCGACAGAGAAAUAGGCUAUGGGCAGCAGAAGGCAUUGCAGAGGCACAAAGGUUGGCAGAAACAGGAAAUUUUACUGGUGCACAGGCUGUGCUCUCGAACAGGAGAUCGAAACUUCUCUCUUCAGCAUCUGCCCAAGCAGGUGAUGGUCUAUGUACGUGGCUUGAAUCUGAGCUGAAAGAAACUGAACAAAGAAUGGGAAGUCGACAGGUGUAUCAACAAUCAGGUCGAGCUUUUGCACUCUCUGGAAUGAACUCACACGCUUAUCAAAGGGCCACAACUAGAGGCAAUGCAGUGCCGGGAGCAGAAGCACAAACUUUGAGCUUUGGACAAGCCUCCACUACUCCUUUCUCUGCACCAGCUGCAGCUAAAAUUAGCUUUGGUGCCUACACAACUCCUAAUAUGGCCAAUAUGGUGAAUAAAUCUCAGCAACUAAACAAGACAAGCGCAUCAACUCCAAGUAAGGAAUAAAAUAUCUUAUCAUCAGUUGGUCAUUCUAUCAGCUCGACUGUGUUUGGAUCGAUUAUCAGAAAAUUAUCGUACUUAAUUUCCCAUUCCAAUGCUUUCUUGGUAGAUACAAUAUCAAGUCUUGCAGUACUAGUCAUAUUUCGUACCUUGUAUAAUAGGAAAUUUAUAUUAUCAUUUGUAACAUUGUGUAGUUCAAAGUCCUUCUGUGUUGUAAGUUGAGCUCAAAGUUUCACUUUGAAAACGCCUUUCUUCAUGUCAAAUCUUUGUGGAUUAAGAGCUGGUAUUAUUUAGGAUUACUGCAUCAUAAAUGAUAGUCUUUAUGCUAAUCAUGUUAAAUAAUAUGGAACGUUAUUGUACCUUAAUUGCCAUUUUGGCGUGCUUUUUGUGCUACAAUCGUUCAA